AUGAAGGUUUGUCUCGCAGCUGCUCUUGCUGCCGCCUUCACCGCGACAGCGAUGUCGCAAGACUCCCCGGCGGAGCUCCUUCGUGAGCUGCAGGCCCAAAAGGCGUUGUUGGAGGAGCAGCGCAAGGAGCUGAAGCAGAUGACCGAAACCCAGGAGAGCAUGGCUGGCGCCAUGGAUUCGGCUUGGCUGGUCCUCUGUGGGGCUCUAGUCAUGUUUAUGCAUGCAGGAUUUGCAAUGUUGGAGACAGGCUGCUGCCGCGCAAAGAAUGCCUCAAACGUCCUGAUGAAAAAUUUGGUCAAUGUGUCAGUCGGCACAUUGGGUUGGUGGAUGUUUGGCUGGGCCCUUGCCUAUGGCUCCCAAGCCGGGUCUUUCAUUGGCACAGAUGGCUUCUUCGGCCUGGGUUUCUACACCAAAGAUGCAUCGGGCAACAUCGUUCCGGUGGAGUGUGAAGCCUUCUGCACGGCUGGCGCCACCAUCGUGAGCGGAUGCGUAGCGGAGCGUGUCAAGAGUCCCACCUACGCUUUCUUCGCCUUCUGCAUGACUUCCUUUAUUUACCCGGUUGUGGUAGCAUGGACCUGGGGCGGCGGCUGGCUCGCCAGCAUCUUCGAUGUGGGAUAUAUGGAUUUCGCCGGCUCAGGUGUUGUCCAUUUCACAGGAGGCGUUUGCGGCCUCGCUGGCACGGUCAUCCUCGGCCCUCGGAGGGGACGCUUCGAGAAUCCCGAGGAGUUCGAGUACCACAAUGAGAUGGGUGCCCUUGCAGCACAGGUGGCAAUGAACACCACUCUCUCCGCCGCCACCUGCGGGAUCACCGUGUUCUUGCUGAAGUUCGUGCUCGUGCGCAAGUACGAUGUCGGCGCGCUCUGUAACGGCAUUCUUUCCGGCUUGGUGUCUAUCACCGCGGGCUGUGGAAACAUGGAGUGCGGCAGCGCUGUUCUCACCGGCUUCAUUGGUGCCUUUUUCUACCAGGCGGCAUCAAGUCUCCUUGUGAGAUUGAAGAUUGACGACCCCGUGGAUGCCAGCGCAGUGCACGGAGCCUGUGGCAUUUGGGGGCUUCUCGCCGCUGGUCUCUUCGAUUGGGGGAAGGGCUUUGACCACUAUCACGGCUGGAGCGGUUUCGGCUGCAUGGCCGGCGAUGAUGGUGCAUGCCGCAGCGGCUUGGGAGGCGCCGCCAUUGGAGCGCAGAUUGUAAUGAUCCUCGCUAUCAUCGCAUGGGCAGGUACGCUAUCCACGCUGUCCUUCCUGGUCCUGAAGUUUUCGGGUCUUCUUCGUAUUGGUGAGAACAUUGAGAAGGUCGGCUACGACAUGCAUUCGCACUCUCCGCCGAAGGCCUACGCCUUCAGUGGCAACGACCCCAAGUCGUCGUCAAGUGAAGAGUCGGGGUCAGAGGGGUGCUUGUGA